GUCACCCCCGGCCCCGCCGGACGGACACGUGUCGCCACGGGAGAGGGCGCCCCUCACUCUCCCGAGUGAGGUUAGAAUUAUCACCCCACCUCCGCUCGCUCCCCUGUUAAUUUCCUCCCUCUCCUCCUUCCCCUCCCCGUCCCUUCCCGUUUUCCUCGUCAAUCUUCUCCCCCGCUUCUUUCUCUCUCCUCUCUCCUUCUCUCUCUUCCCUUUCUCUCCUCGCUUUUGACUGCGCAACAAGAGCAACAGCGACGAGCUCUCUCUCUCUCUCUCUCUCUUCUCUCUCGCUUCAAUGUCGAUGGUUGCGUAGCCGUGAUUCCUCGUUCGAUUGGCGGACUCCCAGAUUCAGGCAUCGGAUUUUUUCUUUUUUUUUUUUUGGUUGUUUUCUGCUGCUGCUGCCGGCUGCGAAGAUUUCCCGGUGGAGUUUAAGGAGGCUUUCGAGCGCGAGGCGGAAUCUCUCUCUCCUCCGACGGGAGACCUUUGGGUUUGCGGGGCAUCGGCGGCUCCCCGUCGGGCUAGGGUUUCCGUCGGCGGCGAUGAAGUCUUCUUUCGAUAGGCUUCGGCGAUUCGCGGCGCUCCACAAGAGCGAUCACAAGGAGAAGCCGGAGUUUCUGCCCUCGGCUCAGCUCGAUGAGCUCGGCCAGGCAUCGAAGGACAUGCAAGCGAUGAGGAAUUGUUAUGAUAGCUUGCUCUCGGCUGCUGCUGCAACAGCAAACAGCGCAUAUGAGUUCUCGGAAUCACUGCGGGAGAUGGGUACUUGUCUCUUGGAGAAAACUUCACACGGUGAUGAAGAGACUGAUUCUUUUAUGACUGCCGAGCAAUCAUUUGCAGAUAGAGUACUGUCAAUGCUGGGACAAGUCCAGUUUGAACUUCAUAAACUUAUUGACAGCUAUCGUUCUCAUAUAUUCACGACAAUUAUAAAUCCAUCAGAAUCUCUUUUCAGUGAACUUCGGAAUGUUGAGGAGAUGAAGAGACAAUGCGAUGAGAAAAGACAAGCAUACGAAUUUAUGAUGACGCAACAGAGAGAAAAAGGAAAGUCGAAGAGUGGGAAAGUUGAUAAUUUGAGUUUGCAGCAAAUACAAAGAGCACAAGAUGAAUUUGAAGAGGAGGCGACUCUAUGUGUUUUUCGAUUAAAAUCGUUGAAGCAAGGGCAGUCUCGAAGUCUUCUUACUCAGGCAGCCCGUCACCAUGCUGCUCAGCUAAAUUUCUUCCGGAAGGGUGUAAAAUCCCUUGAGGCAGUUGAACCUCAUGUCAGAAUGGUUACAGAGGAACAGCAUAUUGAUUACCAAUUUAGUGGACUUGAAGAUGAUGGGGAAGAUGGCGAAGAUGAUGGUGCAGAUGUCUACGAAGCUAAACUAGAUGGAGAAUCGAGUUUUGACUACAGACAAGAUACUCGGGGCCUGAGUAUGGUUUCGCAAUUAAAGAAUUCAAUGGAGGUGGACGAUGUGAACCUUUCAUAUACUCAAAGCUCUACUCAAGAAGGUGCAGAGCAGGUGAAUAUUGAAAAAAGCCAAGGGGAUGUCCGUAUUAGAGAAUACAAAAUGGGCAGCCAUUCAGCUCCACUAUUUCCUGAGAAGAAGUUUGAUCCUGUUGAGAAAGCAAGACAUGUGCAGCAAUUAUCUUCACCAAAGUCGAACUCGUACGUGUUGCCUACUCCUGUUGAUGUGAAGACUCCUCCUUUAAGAACAAGUAAUUCAGCUACACGCUCUAGACCAGCUGGCGUUAGUGGACAGAACCCAAAUUUGUGGCAUUCUUCUCCACUGGAGAUAGGAAAGCAAGACCUAAAAUCUGUACCAGAAGUCAGAGAGAGCACUAAUGGUCACAAUGGUUUUGGCCAAUUGCCUCCUCCUCUGAUGGAGGGACUUGUGUACAACACAGAAAAAGUCAAAAGGCAAGCCUUCUCUGGUCCCCUGACGCCGAUGCCUAAGAAGCAUGUCCUAAAUGCAAGUGGUCCCAUCUUUCUUUCUCAUGAAGCCCAACUGGUUUCUGGAAUACCUCCACGCGCUGCUCAGCCUUCAUCUCCAAAAGCAUCCCCUACUGCUUCACCUCCUCUUGUUUCUUCUCCAAGGAUAAGUGAGCUUCAUGAGCUUCCUAGACCACCUGUUAAUUUUGCUAUGAAGCCAGUCAAAUCUUCUGGAUUCAUUGGUCACUCUGCUCCAUUAGUGCCCAGAAAUCCGGAGGGUUCUGCAAACAGUAGAAUACCCUCAGCAGCGUCUCCACUUCCACCUCCUCCGUUGAAUAUGCCUCGAAGUUUUUCCAUUCCUUCAAGUAGUCAGAGAGCAAUGGGAAUCAAUGUGGCUAAGACAGCGGAGUCCCAACAACUUUUAGAAAAGGUGGAAGAAGUGUCUUCGCCUCCAUUAACUCCUAUUUCUCUUGUGGACAUUAAACCAGUUUCAAAUGUUGCUGCCUAUCAGCCCGGUACUAUAAGAGGUGAAUGAGAUAUGAACUACAUAUCUGUAGUUUCUUCAACGUGGAGGUGUUCCUCCCUUUUCAACAAAUUUUGUGCAUGUCUAUAUGACGGCAGAUAAGUUGAAGAAAUCGAGGCCUUUCAGGCUCCCUCUGGACAUUCAGUCAUCCCAUGUGUAACAUUGAGAAUGUAGUUUAAUGAGUUGGUUCAAGUAGUUUUUGGUCAGAAAAAAAGAAUUGGUAAGGAAGUUAGAAAUGCGACCCUUGAAGUGUCUAGAAGUUCAAGAAAUUAUCUUCUGUUGUUAUGAUAUAGAGAAUUGCUGUCCUCCCUUUUGUCCUACGUUUUUAUUUGUCUCUGUGUAGCAGCGCACUGUCAUGCUAAUGGCACUCAGUUAUACAUGCAAUCGGCAUUGUGAAAUGUAUAAAUGGUUUUCAAAUUAUGUAUGCAGGAAUAUGUAUAAAUGUCAGCUAAAAAUUAUGCGCAGCCUUGAAAGAUAAUCCUCUCAAACGAGUCACACUUCCAUUGGGCCUUCUAGAACUUUGAAUUGGCUUCUGUAACUUUUAAAAGUCGUCAGUUCUGGUGAGAUGAUUAAAGUUGAAUGUGAUUGGUUUUAAGAUUGUCUAUGGAAAGCAUCUUAUUUAAUGAUCUUUUGUGUAGUUAAUACUUGAACUUGGUGGUCUUCAUUAGACUUGACUUAAAUUCUGUAUAUAGUGUCUACUGUCCGCAACCAGUUGUCUUCAUUAUCUCAUUAUUUCGAUGUAGAUGUUAAUCAUUUUCUGCAUUUUUGCUUUUUUAUAAAAAAAAAGUAUUGUAUUGUAAGUUUUCUAUUUCAAGUGUCAAGAGUCAACAUUUUUUCACCUAAAACUGGUAAGACAUUUAAAACUUUUGAUCCAUUUCUUUGAUGAUAUUGCUGUAAUGGAGCUGAAUGUCUUGAUAUAUGGGGCCUUAUCCUGCCUAUCCUCAUGCAUCUUUUGCUUCCAUAGAAGGAGCAAAUUUGAGAUUUUGGUGUUGCAUUGUUGCUGGUUGCAGGUGGAGGCUGAUUUUUGUUAAAGAAGCCGUGGAUUUUUACCUCUUACUGUUUUCCUCGCAUGGUAAUACUUAUUCUUAGUUUGGUGCUGGGGUCACAUUUGUAUAUAUGAUGUGGCUUUUUUAUAGUUUGUUAUGUCGUCGUCUCACCAGCUUGAUUGCUAUUGUUGAUAGAAGGGCAAUUGGACAUCUAUGAUGUGAUCAGUAAUGAAAAUCCUCUAGUGAGGAACUUUAUUCAUUUUUCUCUACCAGGGUAGUUACCUAAAUAAGGUUUUGUUUGCUUUCUGAGUUAGAUUUCAGUAAUGACAAUCUUGCAUAGCAUUUGAAUUUUGAAUCUUGAUUGUCUUUCAUCCAUCCGUCCAUUUGGAAAAUGAAUAUUCUGAUAUUCUAUCCUGCAGUAGUCUGAAACUUGGAAUAGUAAAGAUCCAUUCUUGAUGUUUGAGCUAAUGUCCGAAUGCUAGGUCUGAUGGAUUCCACUUGGACUUAAGGACCUCCCUUCACUAGUACAUUCGGAGAAGUAGUUGUAUAGACGUCUGUGGUUGGCAUGGUUGGAAAUAGGCAGCAACACAUCUGAAGCUAGUGUCACUUUUUUAAAUUUGCUGUUAAGUUUGAUCUUCUGGAGAAAGUGUAUGCAUUGAUUUCUUGAGGUCCAGAAGUGUAUCUCGUUGGCUUUGUUUCGUCAGAACUUGAAAGUGUCAAUUGGAGUAAAAACUGCAGCAUCCUCAUCAUCAAGUUGCCUCCUCUCAUUAACAGCCUCCCUUCAUUACUUGUUGAUAUUGGUUCAAGCUGUGCAUUAGCUGUUUAGGUGUGCUACUUGUAGGCAUGGCUAUAUGUAAGUUGGGUAGUUGAGAUGGGAAUUGACCAAGCGUCUUCCUGUACAAGACACGUGCUUCCCCAAAGUUCAAGCUAGCAAGGGCAGCAAACAUCCAACUAGCCAAAGCACGACCUUCCAGCAUAGAGUACAGAUGCUGGUAUUGCUUUUUGCAGUUUCUCGUGCACAAUCAAAUGCUGCGUUUUGGUGGACAUGAGGAGACUUCUACAUGGCAAUAGAGACAAUUGCAUGCGCAUUCUCUGGACUAGUGACGAGGUGGUGCGAUAAAUGGUUUAUUGGGUUUUCUUUUUCUAUCCUUUUCCUGCUAGAUGGUUGAACAAGCAUUGGGUCAUCCUUGAUUUAAUCAUUUCUUUUA